GUUUAACUAUAUAUUUCAUUCAUGAUGUGUGGCUCUAUAAAUAACUUGGAAAUUCUAUUUGCUUUAAAUAUCUGAUUUUUAUGCCAGGCUAUAAAUAAAACGGUAAUGUAACAGUAACCUUAAGUUCAGUUUUAUCUGAGAUAGCGGAGUGCAGGAUUCAAAUUUCUAAAUUAUUUAUCGCUCUAAACAAUUAUGGAUCGAGCUAAAAUUAUUAUCUGUUUUCUCUACAUUUUUGCAUGGUUGUUUGGACUGCUCUCGUUAUUUUUACCAUUCUGGAUAUCAGGGGAGAUUGAUUCAGGAGUAAGAAAUGUCACAGUUGUGAAAGAUAUAGACAGUGGACUGUUUUGGAAACGCCAGACCUAUUACAUCAAGAAGGACUCCAUUCCAGACUCCGAUGACUCGUUUACAGAUAUUUCUGGCUCUUAUUUAUAUACUGAAACUGUUAAGAUAGUACAAGGGUUGAUGAUAACGGGUCUGACGUUGCUGUCAAUUAGCCUGGUGUCCUCUGUUUACUAUCUGUGUCGUUGUAACGAAGAAAAAGGAGGCAAACACGCUGCAAAAAUAUUCAUAGCCAUAGCAGCCCUGACGAUUCUAGCAGGCUGUUUCAUUGUUAGUGGACCAGUUAUAUAUGGUAAGCAUGUGAUAGGGGACUACGGGGUUAAGGAAUUACAUCUUGGUGCGAGUUGUUGGUUGGCUGCGAUAUCAGCUGGCAUAACCUUUAUGGCAGGACUUUCGAAUGUUUGUCAAUGUGUGCCCUCAAAAUGUUCUUUGAGGUUUCAGUGAAAAUAAUAAAAGUAUAGCCGCAUGGUUCAUUCUCAAACAUUCAGAAAUGCGCUUAUUUUUCAACACUUGCCUCGUGGUUACUCGUAAAAUUGUGCGUUACGAGAAUCAUAGAAUAAACGGAUAUUUUCACUUGUAAUGUCCAACACUAUCAUUGACAACAUUUGUUGUUAUAUGGUCAUGUUUAGAAUCAAGUCUUUCUAUUGAUCUUUUACAGGUAGUGGAGCAUAAAUAAGGCAAAAAUACAGCAAACAUUGUCAAUAUGUUAUCUUUACUUUAUGGUAAUAAAUAAAUGACUACACAUGGUGUCUUGUGUUUACCAGGCACUAAAUCAUAAUAUACUUUGUGCUUAUUUGGUUUAUUUUGAUAUCCACAACUUAUAAUAGAUAGAUUAAAUGAUUAAAUAAUAAGAAAUUAAAUAGAGGACUUCUACAUUGAUUUUUCAUGUAAUAUUAAAUUUCUGUCUUAUUGUUGUUAUUGACUAUUUACAUGGUUUUGAAUAUAUAUUGUUAUUUUUUUUGUUAGUUGUUUUUAUAGAAAAUAAAAAAAUGAAAACUUUA